CACGGGGAGUUUUUUUUGCUGGAGUAAAGCCUCCUGUAACGUUACGCUGGGAUAGAGCCGGGGUGAUUCAUCGCUGGGAAGGCACUCCCAGCCGGAGCAGAGAGUUAGGAAUCACUCGCCUCUCACCCUGGCAUCAGCCCCUCCGAGCGGAAAAACCUCUGGGAAGAAGCGGCGGGGAGCGCGUUGGGGCGGCGGAGGAGCCGCUGGUCCCGGCGGGGAGCCCUGCACAUCCCAUCCCGACACCCCCAGGACAUGGCAACCUCUGUCAGACCCCGGGGGGGGGACCUUCCUGGGGUCCCCCAACACUGCUGAGGGCACGAUGGAAACCCCCUGAGCCACCCCGCCAGAACAUACAGCGUUGCAAAGGUGGGGUUUUUUGGCCGCUGCAUGAGUACGUCCUCACCGGGUGAUGGCCUCACAGCCCACGCUGGCGUGGGUGCUGCUGCUCUGCCUGCUGGCCACCCUCCUGCCAGCCACCCAGCCCCGGGACUUCACCGUCAAGGACAUCGUCUACCUCCACCCUUCCACCACACCGUAUCCGCACGGAUUUAAAUGUUUCACCUGCGAAAGGGCAGCAGAUAAUUACGAAUGCAACCGGUGGGCUCCGGAUGUCUAUUGUCCCAGAGGUACAAGAUACUGCUUUAGCCAACACCUGAUGAAAGUUACUGGAGAGAGUGUGUCCGUCACCAAGCGCUGUGUACCAUUAGAGGACUGUCUGUCUACAGGAUGCACCUACGUAAAGCAUGAAGAAUACAAGAUCUGCACCUCCUGCUGCGAAGGAAGCAUCUGCAACUUGCCCCUGCCAAGGAACACGACAGAUGCCAUCUUCACAACCCUCUCUCCCCUCAACAAAACGCAGAGGCUCCCGCAUCCCGCCCUGCUCACCACCGCCUGCCUCUGGCUGGGGCUGGUGUCCCAGCACUGGGUGACACUGCCACGUGUGGUGGCUCCAGAGAGCUGAGGUGGCCUGAGAACACCUUCAACAUCUCCAUGCGGAGCCUGCGCUUUGGAGUUGUCUCCUAAAAGACUGGUUUUCCACCUUAUUUUUUGUUAGCGAUGAACCAGUGAAUCUGGGAUGUAGACUCAUCCGAAGGGGGUAAGACCAUCACGUGGUUUCUCAACUCUUUUCUGAAGAAACCCAUGCAAAACGUUCCCAGAAUCCACUGCAGAGACUGAUACACACACUUUUCUUAAUUCCUCUCUUUUCUCUGUGAAGAAAUGUUAUUUAAAAGUACUAUGUCACUGCCAGCUGCUAUUAUCAUCGCUUACGCUUCUGACAUUUUCUUAUUAUAAUUCGUCACAGCACUAACGCCGGUGUCUCGUUAACCUCUUUGGAGACCACAGGGUAAAUAAUAUGUAGUGGGUAAGUCUUUGCAGCCUCCCCACAUCUCCUCCUCCUGCAGAGUGCAGUAGUUUGCAGCAAAGCAGCUGGAGCUGGAAGGGAUGAGGUCAAAGAAGCAGCAGAAGCUCGGACCAGGCCAGCAUCGUGCCCAGAUGCUUCCUCUGAGGUUGCCCACAAGCAGCAUGAAGAGCCACCCCCAUGACAACACACACUGGAACGGGCAGAAAAACCACUUUGGUUUAUCAACUGAACCAGAAGAACUCUAAAAACUCUGUUCCUGUUGCGUGUUUAGAGGAGGAGCUGGGUGUGUGGUCCCUGACCCUGUCCCAAGAGGAGAACUGGUGGGUGUCCAGGUUGGGAUGUUGGUGCCUCCCAAGCCAACAGGUUCCUGGUGUUUUGGAGGCUUUAGUUAUUUUUACAUUUUCGGCACCCAGUCCUACAGCAUGAGGGUGAUUUGAUCCCAAAUAGCUUCUCAUAUUUUAUUUAAUGCACUCCCCUUACGUAUGGGCUGUUCGGAGUACGGACCAUUGCCAGCUACAGCUGAUUUUGGUGACCUGUGUUGCUUGUUUUGCUCGGAAAUCACAUAUGCAAUAUUUAUUUUUGUACAUUGAGUAGGAUCUAAAGCGUUUAAAAGAUUCUUAAAACUGAUAUUGCUGGGCAAAAUGGUUGUUUUGCAAAUAGGUAAGACUGUAAUAUAUAAGUUAUCAUAAAUAUAUAUAUAUAUAAUGGUUUGCAUCGCUAUUGAAAAAGCAUCAGCUUUGUUUUGCAAGGUCAGUAAUAAAAGCAGGGUGUCCAUGGACUUGUUUUAAAGUUAAACCAACCCUUUUUUAUAAUUUUAGGUUGUUUUUUUUUUAAAUUUGUUCUUUUAUGAGUUAAUUUUUGGCUAGUCAUGCUCCAAGGGAACCUGAGCCUUAUCUUGUCAACAGUAUGGUUAUGGUCUGCGGUGCUUUGAGAGGGCUCCUGGAAGGUCCCAGCAAGCUCCCAUCUGGCAGCAUCUGUGUUGGAUACCGUUAAGAGCUGGAAAAACCACAGAUCUUGAGCACACAAGGUGCUGUCUUGAGUUUUGGGGCCUUUGGAGUGAACUCUGCUUCGGAGUUUCACUGGCAGCAGAGGAGGACCGAGAGCAAGGCUCACUCAUGAUUCAGUUUCAGGUGACUUCUCUGGGGAAGGAAAACACUGGAAGCCUCGCUGUGCUGUGCUCAGUGAUGUUUUUUCAAUAUAUAUAUAUAUAUUUCACUGUGAAAACUGAACAUCAAACACUGUUUCUUUUCUUUUUUUUUAAACUUUUUAUAUAAAAACUAAUAUUUUUGAGGACAGGCUAGCUGAACUCAUGCCCAAACCUUGCAUUUUGAUGUCCUUUCAGCUCUCCUGUGACUUGCUCACAGAUAGCUGGUGUUACGAGGGUAGUUGCAAUCUGUUAUUUUUAUGCAAGUCAGACCUAUCUCUGGAGACCUUGGGGGAAAAAAAAAAAUCAACCUUGUGGUCUUCCUAAAGCCUGUCCCUCCUCCUCUGCUACCUGGCUCCAGCAGAGCUGUGUGAGGUACUUGCUCUGUAUGGGUUGGAGGGCAAUGAGGUGGAGGGGGUUAUGGCUUCUCCAGCAGCAAUUUAAAUAUUUAUUAUUAUUAUUAUUUUCCUGUGAAAUGGAAGAGUUUAAGUCUGGAUGGAUCUCGCUGAGUGGUUUAGCUCCUCUCCUGGGCUGGGGGUUAAACAGGUUUUCUGGAAAGCAGGGCUAGAUGCAGGACAUGUGCCUUGAGAACCUGCGUUGGAAAGCUAAUGGGAUGUGAACAUGUGCAUUUAGGAGUCAUAGAAUCACAGAAUGGUUUGAGUUGGAAGGGACCUUAAAGACCAUCUAGUUCCAACUCCUGCCCUGGGCAGGGACACCUCCCACCGGACCAGGUUGCUCCAAGCCCCUUCCAACCUGGCUUUGAACCCCUUCAGAGAUGGGGAAGCCACAGCUUCUCUGGGCAACCUGGGCCUUUUUUGGGUACCUGGUAGCGCUCUUCACCCACAGAGACCUGGAUGCUACUCCUCAAAUUUAGUUAUGGCUGUUCCAUUAAGCCAAGCUGGUUAUUUCUAUUAUCUUUGUAUCCAGCAGAAGGAAAAAGUGCUAUUUCAAGGGCUGAUUCAUUGUAUGCUGAGGUGGAUGGUUACAUUCUGCCCAUCACCACCUUCGCUCUGACCACGAUGUUGGUGCAGAUGGUGAAAGUCCCAGUUCUUGAGCUGUGCUGGUCCCUCUCCCCCAACACUGUGCCCUUCAAAAGGGACCUGAGCCCUGUCCAAUGGGGCUGCUGUCUCCGGGAGGAGGAACGUGGACAUUGAGCUUAAAAGAGCAAAUUAAGGUGACAGCCCAAGAGAGGAACCAGCACAGCAUCCCCCCCUCCCCAUGCCUGGGCUGCCCGUGGAGCUGCUGGGGUUUUUUAAAAGCACAUAGAUGCUGAGCUGCACCGUAUUUAUAUAUACAUAUAUGUGAU